GAAUAAAGGCCUUGUUAUAAUCAGAUUAAGGGAUUAGGAUAUUUAUGCAGAUUACUUUAUAACCUGGAUUGAGGCAGAGCAGAGGGAUUUCUCUGGGAGUAUUCAGGGGUUGAAGACAGGUCCCUGUAAAACAAAACAAUGCCGGGAGUAAUAAAUGUAGAUGACUUGACAGACUUGGAUAAGGCAAGAAUGGAUAGAGAUCAGAAAAAGAUUGAAGUUAAGCUUGAGAGAUGGUUGACAUCUAAGUGCUGUACUGAGUUCAUGGAGGCUGUUCAGGCUGGUGUAGAUGAGGACACCAUGGUCAAAGGCAUUGCUGAGGACAAGAACCCAUUCAAGGAGCUAAAAGGUGGAUGCAGCGUCUGCUGAAGUGGACAGGGAGUACGAACAGAAAGAGGAGCUUUUCUUUCACCAGUUAGAUCCUCUCCAUUACCGAAGGACAUUCCCCCUACAUCGGCAUAAUUUCUCCACAGCCAGUAGCCACAGAGGAAAGACUAAGCUGAUUUACAAAUGUGUCAAUAAAUAUAAACCUCAUGAAGCCCUGUAAAUUAUUCCCCCUGGAUUAGAGUGAUUCAAUAAAUAAGAGUUGUUUUCGGCAA